GCUCCCCUAAACCCCUCCUCUCUAUUUAGGGUUUCUCGCCGCCUCCCCUGCUCUCACCUCUUCUACCACCGCCUCGAAGCUUCCAAAUCCCCCGAAGCCGAUCUCCUCCCAUCGAGAUCGAGGCACAUUCGUCGAAUCGCAGAGAUGUCUUCGUUUUGGGGUGUUGAGGUGAAGCCCGAGAAGCCCUACAUGCUCACCCCCGACCCGCGCCGCGGCCGCCUGCGCCUCACCCAGGCGACGCUGGGGGCUGAGGUUGGUAAGGCGGAGAAGGGGAGGAAGAACGUGGUGCAGGUGCAGUGCGCCGUGAAGAACAACGACCCCGUGUACCUCUGCGCCCUGGUCUCGGGCCAGUCGGAGUCGUGCAACCUGGAUUUCGAGUUCGAGGAGAAGAUUGUGACCUUCUCGGUGCUCGGCCCCAGGAGCGUCCACCUGGCUGGAUACUAUGUCGCCGAUGAGUAUGAUGAGGAGGACAUGGACUGCGACACUUGCAGUGAUGAGCUGCAGGGCUCCGACUCCGAGGAGGAUUUAUAUGCGUCCGAUGAGGGCGUGGUCAUUCCAGGAUCCCAUGGGGAGAUGGGCACAGACAGCGAAGAUGAUUUGGACUACGAUUCAGAUUACGAUUCGGACGAUGAUGAAGAGUUGUUCAACAACCAGCGUAGAGGCAAGAGCUCAGUUGUUAUUGAGGAGAUUCAAGAGGAUGACAAGCCUGCUGGUGGUGAAGGACAGAAGGGAUCAAACAAGAAACAAACCAGUGAAGAUGGUGACAAUUCUCGACUCCAGGUUGCUGUUAGAACUCCAACUGCUGGAUCAUUGGAAAGUGAAGACGAAGAUGGCUUUCCUGUAUCUGACUCAAAGAGUUCAAAGGGUAGUUCUAAGAAAGAACCAAAGACUAAUGAGGACAGGAAAAGGAAAAGUGGCGACAUUACUGAGCCAUCAGGGGAUGUAAUUGCUGAAAAUGACCGGAUCUCAAAGAAAAAGAAGAAGGCUAAGGAUAAGAGGACUGCUGUGGACAGUGAGAAGGUAAAAGAUGAAGGAAAGGAGAUCACGCAAGAGUCCUCAGCUGACAUUGUUGAAGCCAAGCAGAAGAAAAAGAAAAACAAGAAGGCAAGUGCUUCUGAGGCUGACCCUGAUCAGCAAGCUGAUGAGAAAACCAUAACCGACGAUGUUGAAGAGCCUAGCAAACAAGCGGCCAAGAAAAAGAAGAACAAGAAGAAAACAAAGGAGAACAACACAAGUGAAAAACAGGUACAGACUGAUGUUUCAAAGUCAGAUAGCAGCAAGGAGGAGACAUCACAAACACGGACUUUUGGCAAUGGUCUGAUCAUUCAGACGGUGGCGUUGGGCAAACCAGAUGGUAAAAAGGCUGCCCCUGGGAAAAAGGUUGCUGUUAAGUACAUUGGCAAGUUGAAGAAUGGAACGAUUUUUGACUCUACUGUUGGUAAAAGGCCUUUUGAGUUUAGACUGGGAAUUGGUCAGGUUAUUAAAGGCUGGGACAUUGGUGUCAACGGCAUGCGCAUUGGUGACAAAAGAAGGCUAACCAUUCCACCAUCUAUGGGCUAUGGAAAGGAGAAGGCAGGGCAGAUACCGCCCAACUCAACUCUUGUGUUUGAUGUGGAGCUAAUGAACGUAAAAUGAACGGGAGUGAAAGGGAUCAGGACAAACUGAGGCUGCCAUGCAAGUUCAAAGAACACCAGUUUCCUCCAUCAGCGCUACAGCUUUACUGAAUAUUCUACAGUCGUUAUAUGUACCUUGGUAUUUUUGUUAGCUCUACAUAUGAACUAAGCCAUCUGUGCUAAAUUUUGGGGGCGUUAACAUUUGCGUGGCUUGCAAGUGAACUUAUGGUUAUGUGGCUCGUUUUUGUCGUUCUUGUGAGAUCAUGACUUGUUUCGAAUGAAUGAAGAAAGAAGUCUAGAUAACCCCCUAA